AUGAGAGCAAGAACUGAUCAAGUAUUUGGAGAGUUCUUAUUGCGCGUUGGGAAUGGAGAGGAACCCACAAUAGAUGAGAAUUUGAUACUUCUUCCACAUGAAAUGGUAGUAGAAUAUGACAAUGAUGAAAACUCUGAAAAAAAUUUGAUUGAUGCUAUCUUUCCAUCAUUACAAUCAAAUUCGUCAUCUGCUGAAUACAUGACACAACGUGCUAUUCUUUCAACAAGGAAUGAGUAUGUUGAUGGACUUAAUGAAAAAUUAAUCGCAUUAUUUCCUGGAGAAGCUAAAACAUUCUUUAGCUUUGAUGAAGCAGUAGAUGACACAAAUAAUUAUUACCAAGAAGAGUUCUUGAAUACCUUAAUGCCGAAUGGACUCCUGCCUCACAAAUUGAUUCUUAAAAGAAAUUGUCCGAUCAUGCUGUUACGUAAUCUUGAUCCAUCUAAUGGAAUGUGCAAUGGCACACGAAUGAUCUGUAGAGGAUAUGAAUAUAAUGUUAUCCAUGUUGAAAUCAUAAUUGGUCAACAUUCUAGUCAAAAUGUCAUGAUUUCGAGAAUACCAUUAUCUCCAGCUGAAAAUGAGGGUUAUCCAUUCCAAUUUCGUAGAAAACAAUUUCCAAUCCGACUAUGUUUUGCAAUGACAAUAAACAAAGCGCAGGGACAAACAAUACCUUAUGUUGGAGUUUAUUUGCCACACCAUGUAUUCUCACAUGGUCAAUUAUAUGUUGCAUUAUCAAGGGGGAUAUCAAUGAGAACAACUAAGGUAUUAGUGAAAGUUGACCAAACAAGAAGAACAACAAAAACAUACGCGAAAAAUAUUGUGUAUCCAGAAGUAUUAUUGCCUCAAAGGUCAUGGACUCUACCUAUUAUAGAUCAAACCAAAUUGCCUUGCUGCAGCCCAAUUCCCCAUGGCUCUCUACAGUUUGACAAAGAUGCAUCUUUUGAAGUUGAUGAAUCCUGCUAA